GCCCCUCUGGCUCGGUCCGCGUUACCUCUCAUCCCUUCUCCCCUCUCGGUACCUUCGCCCGCCGCGCGCCUUUCUCAAAUCCUCCGGUUGUUAAGCUCAGGGGACGGUGGCCCGCCCGGGUGACUCUGCGCCCGCCCCUUCCUGCCCCCUUCCUGCCCUCACGCCCCGUCCCCUCCUCUUGACGUGGCAGAGGCGGCGCCAGCCAUGUUGGCCGGGCGGAGGUCUUCGGUGAGGCCCGGGGCGGGGUGGCGCCAGCCGUGAUUGCGGUGCCACGGACUGCUCCUGCUGGGCGGAGAGGACUGAUUUUGCAAAGCGGAGGCCGCGACGGGUCCGGCAGGGGGACAGUGAGAAAUAAGAAUCAAACUCCACAAUGACAACCUAUUUGGAAUUCAUUCAACAAAAUGAAGAACGAGAUGGAGUCCGAUUUAGUUGGAAUGUUUGGCCAUCAAGUCGACUGGAAGCUACAAGAAUGGUUGUUCCUGUGGCAGCCCUGUUUACACCACUGAAAGAGAGACCUGACUUACCACCUAUUCAAUAUGAACCUGUUCUGUGUAGUAGGACCACUUGCCGUGCAGUUUUGAAUCCUUUAUGUCAAGUGGAUUAUCGAGCAAAACUUUGGGCUUGCAACUUUUGUUACCAAAGGAAUCAGUUUCCACCUAGUUAUGCUGGUAUAUCUGAACUGAAUCAGCCUGCUGAACUUUUACCUCAGUUUUCUAGCAUUGAAUAUGUAGUUCUGCGUGGUCCUCAGAUGCCUUUGAUAUUCCUCUAUGUGGUUGAUACUUGCAUGGAAGAUGAAGAUUUACAAGCCCUGAAAGAAUCCAUGCAGAUGUCAUUAAGUCUUUUACCACCUACAGCUUUGGUUGGACUUAUUACUUUUGGGAGAAUGGUUCAGGUUCAUGAACUUGGAUGUGAAGGCAUUUCAAAAAGCUAUGUCUUCAGAGGAACAAAAGAUUUGUCAGCCAAACAACUGCAGGAAAUGCUGGGGCUCUCUAAAGUACCAGUUACUCAAGCAACACGUGGUCCUCAGGUACAGCAGCCACCUCCUUCCAACAGAUUCUUACAACCAGUACAGAAAAUAGACAUGAAUCUCACAGAUCUUCUGGGAGAACUCCAGCGAGACCCUUGGCCUGUACCACAGGGAAAGAGACCUUUGCGUUCCUCUGGAGUGGCACUUUCCAUAGCUGUAGGACUGCUGGAGUGUACUUUUCCCAACACUGGUGCUCGCAUCAUGAUGUUCAUCGGCGGUCCUGCUACUCAGGGGCCUGGAAUGGUGGUUGGAGAUGAGUUGAAGACACCUAUAAGAUCGUGGCAUGACAUUGACAAAGACAAUGCCAAAUAUGUUAAAAAGGGAACUAAGCAUUUUGAAGCAUUGGCUAAUCGAGCUGCUACAACUGGCCAUGUUAUUGAUAUCUAUGCAUGUGCAUUAGAUCAGACAGGUCUCCUGGAGAUGAAAUGCUGUCCCAACCUUACUGGAGGAUACAUGGUAAUGGGUGAUUCUUUCAAUACUUCCUUAUUCAAACAAACUUUUCAAAGAGUCUUUACCAAAGACAUGCAUGGACAGUUUAAAAUGGGCUUUGGUGGUACACUAGAAAUAAAGACCUCAAGGGAAAUAAAGAUUUCAGGAGCUAUUGGACCCUGUGUGUCGCUCAAUUCUAAAGGACCCUGUGUGUCUGAAAAUGAGAUAGGAACAGGUGGCACAUGUCAGUGGAAGAUAUGUGGACUUAGUCCCACUACAACCUUAGCCAUAUAUUUUGAGGUUGUCAAUCAGCAUAAUGCUCCAAUUCCUCAAGGAGGGCGUGGUGCAAUCCAGUUUGUGACUCAGUAUCAGCAUUCAAGUGGGCAGAGACGCAUCCGAGUGACCACCAUUGCUAGGAACUGGGCAGAUGCUCAAACUCAAAUCCAAAACAUUGCUGCAUCUUUUGACCAGGAGGCAGCUGCCAUUCUUAUGGCCCGACUAGCAAUAUAUAGAGCAGAAACAGAAGAAGGUCCAGAUGUGCUUAGGUGGCUGGACAGACAGCUCAUUCGACUGUGUCAGAAAUUUGGAGAAUAUCAUAAAGAUGACCCAAGUUCCUUCAGAUUUUCAGAAACUUUCUCCCUUUAUCCACAGUUUAUGUUUCAUUUAAGAAGAUCUUCUUUCCUGCAAGUUUUUAACAAUAGUCCUGAUGAGAGUUCAUAUUAUCGUCACCAUUUUAUGCGUCAGGAUCUGACCCAGUCUCUAAUUAUGAUUCAGCCUAUCCUGUAUGCGUAUUCUUUUAGUGGACCGCCAGAGCCGGUUCUUCUUGAUAGCAGUAGCAUUCUUGCAGAUCGUAUUCUUCUCAUGGACACAUUCUUCCAGAUUUUGAUUUAUCAUGGUGAGACCAUAGCACAGUGGCGGAAGUCAGGAUACCAGGACAUGCCUGAAUAUGAAAAUUUCCGCCACCUUCUGCAAGCCCCAGUGGAUGAUGCGCAGGAAAUUCUUCACUCCAGAUUUCCAAUGCCAAGAUAUAUCGACACUGAACAUGGAGGCAGCCAGGCCCGUUUCCUCCUUUCAAAAGUCAACCCUUCACAGACUCAUAAUAAUAUGUAUGCCUGGGGGCAGGAGUCUGGAGCACCUAUUCUUACAGAUGAUGUUAGUUUACAAGUGUUUAUGGAUCACUUGAAGAAACUUGCUGUGUCCAGUGCUGCUUGAAGUGCUAAACAUGUUAAAGACACUUAAGAAGAUGAAAUAAUAUUCAAAUUUCAUUUUUUCCUUUUUCCAUUUAUCUGUGGAAACCAACAGGUAUUGCUCUAUAUUUUUUUGUAUUAGUAUGGUUUGAGACAACAUAGGGAAAAUAUUCACAUUUGUAGAUUAAGCUGGAAUUAUAAUGAGAGCAAUAAGAACAAAUUUAUUUUGCUUACCACAGUGUUAUAACUGGUUCUAGAAAUUUGAGGUCUUUAUAACUUAAUUAUGUUUAAUAAAAAUAGAGUCUGCCUUGUACUACAGAUGUAAUUUAUUUGUAUAAUGCAGACAGACCCAAAGUGGCACUGAAUUUCCUUGCUCACCUUUUAAAAACUUGUUAAUUUUAGCCAGAAAGCUAAAAAACAUUAGUAAUGAUAAAUGUGAACAUUCUUGCUUAUUCAUUGAAUAUUUUUCUGUAAUUUUCAGCACUUAUGUAUACACUUUUUCUGUACUUACUAGGGUAAGGCAGAUUUAUUUUUAUGAUUUGUUUAGGAAUUAUUUGAUUUUAUAAUGGUAAUUUUUCAUGAUGAUAAUGUUUUUGGUUAUUUGGAAAGAUAGUUUAGAGAUGAAAGUUUUUUUUGGGUAACAAUCCCACAGCUGACAAUAAAUGUGAAAUUUCCACAAAAUAUCCAACCUAUGUGACUAAACACAACAGUUUUUUUUAAAAAGGGAGAUAGAAAAUACAUAGUUUUGUUGGAGUGCAUUUUAGUAAGCCUUUGCAGUAAAAUGACUGUUGUAACUACUAAACCAAAUUUAGUUUUCACAGCAUAGUUUUGUUGUUUUUCCCUUGUUUUUCUGAGGUAAAUUUUAUAUUAUAUCCUUCAGUAUUUUAACACUACUUUGGCGGUUUACACAUUACUUUUUGUUUUUGCUUCCUUUUUGUGAAAUUUAUUAAGUUGUGGUUCUUAUUGAUAACAGUAUUAUAUAAUGUUUGCUUAAUUAUGUGAUGCUCAGUUCUAUUUUGAUUUAUUCAUUGGUAUUCACUUUUACCUUUAAAGUUUACUUGUAGCACAUAUGUUUACAUUGAUAAAGCCAGAUAUGUUUUGACAAUGAAAUUUACAUAUCAAGUACUGCAAAUAAAAGGUGGUUCUAUGAUAUAUGCUUAGGAGGACAGUUUUAAUGAUUGUACUUGCAUGAACACAAUCAUAUGAUGGUAAAACAGAAACUUAAGAAAAAAUUGUUUAUAUGUUGUAUUCAAUUAGCUUAAAUAAAUUGCAUUGUUAUAUUUUAUUUGAAUUGAACUGUGCUAGGCCUAAAUGCCAAUAAAAUAUACUUUUCACUGUU